AUGGCGGACGCUCAUCACAGCAAGAAGCAGCCCACCAGCAAAGACUUCACGAACUAUCAGAUCGCUCACCAUGGCCUCAAGGGUCAGCAGGGCUGCUUCAAACUUCCAGCAGAGCUGCGGAACGAGAUCUACGCAUUAUGCCUGGUGGGCCCGAGGACCAUUCACGUAACAUGUCUACCCUUCACCAACACACUAAACCCUCGUGCACACUGCGUGGACGACAAAGGUACAUCCGUCUCUGUCGGACUGGCGGGUACACUGCUCAGAACCUGCCACGAAGUCCGUGACGAGGCGAGUCCGGUGUUUUACGGCAUGAACCACUUCAGCCUCUCUGAGUUCCACAUGAUCGAGCCUUUCCUCGGCGGAGCAGGAGACUUCGUCCAGCACAUUCGGCGCAUCACGUUCUUCUGCGUGGCGGCAUCUGACUGUCGGAAUGGUAUGUUGCUCUUGUCUCAGGCCAAGAACCUGGAGACUGUCACCGUCAAGACUACAGGCAUCUGCAUGCGGCCACGGGAUAUGGCAGAGGCGUUGCGGCCAUUGUAUGAGACGAUGCGAGAGAGUAGCAAGAAGCGCGAGCACAAGGAAGUCAAGGAGAUUUUGGUUCUGCCCACUGACAGGAGUCUUGAGUACUGGCAGUGUGUCAGAAAGUUGCUGGGCGAUGACAUGCUGUAG